AUGGAAAUUACAUACGACAAAGGAAAUGAAAUAAAUGAAAAGAAAAAUAUAAACCCAUCUUAUGUCACAUGCAUAACUGAUGAACGUGAAAAAUCAGUUGCUUGUGUAAUUAAAAACGAUGAAAGAAUUAUAAACUCAUCUUGUGCUGAAGAUGGAGAUUUUGUAAAAAAUAAUGAUACAAAUUUUUAUGAUGUAAGAGGCUUAGAUGAAAUAAAGGAGCAUUAUGAAAAUAGUUUCAUUGUGAAUAAUAAAUAUUCGGAAGAAUUACUGAAAAUCAAGGAGCCAAAAUUAGUACAGUACAAUGAAGUAUAUAAUUCAAACACCGAUGAUGACCUUGAACAUUUUUUUGAAGAUAAUGAAAAUGAAAAGGAGGUAAGUAGAGCCAUGAAUUUUAAAGCAAAUAUCCUUUUAGGAAAAGAAGAUAGUAAUAAUAGUAAUAAAAAUAGUAAUCAUAUUAACAAAUAUAGUAAUAAUAAUAGCAAAAAUAGUAGUAAUAAUAAUAACAAUAGUAACUUAUUGGGAGAAUAUGACAAUUCCUUCUUAAAUGUUGAAGAUGAAUAUGAAAAUUUUUACAAUAACCAUGAUUUCACAUCUUCAAUAAAUAAUGAAGUGAAUGUUAUGAAAAUGCUUGAUCCUAAUAAGAAGGAAGAUUCAGAAUGCUCUUUUCUUAACGAUACAAUGAGCAAUAAAAGUUAUGAACAAAAGUCCUUGAUAAUAAACAAAAAGUUAACCGUAAAUAUGGACAUUACACAUGUGAAAGAAGUGAGUAACGAACGUGAUGACGAUUUAUCCUUUAUUAGUAAUUCAUCGAACAGCUUAAUAAGAACCAACCUGGUGGAUGAAGAGGGGGGAAAGGAGGAACAAAAGGAGCAGGUCAGUGAAGGAGAGAAGGAUGAAUUUAAGGAGAAUGGGAAUGAUAGGUUUAAUGAAGAACAAAAGGACGAGUUUAAAGAAGAAAGAAAAAACAAGUUUAACGAAGAAGAGAAAAACAAGUUUAACGAAGAAGAGAAAAACAAGUUUAACGAAGAGGAGAAAAACAAGUUUAACGAAGAGGAGAAAAACAAGUUUAACGAAGAAGAGAAAAACAAGUUUAACGAAGAGGAGAAAAACAAGUUUAACGAAGAGAAGGACGCUUUUAAGGAAGAAGAAAAAUUAAGGAAUUGGAAUAAAAAGGCGAAUUCAGGAGAAGAUAACAGAUUAAAAUGUAGGGAAUCAUUAAAUAACAUGUCGAAUAAUUCUGAAAAGGAUUUUAGAAUAGAUGAAAUUGAAGAAAAAGUAAUUUUUCAAGAAUCAGAUUUAUACAGUAACAAAAAUAGUUAUGAAGGAAAAGGUGAUCUAGGAAGUUUAAAAUCAAACAAAGUGAAUAUUCUAAAUUAUUUUGAAAAUAGUGAAUCUCAAGAUAAUAUAAAUAAUUCCAAAUUUUUAUUGAGAAAAAAGAAAGUUAACGAAGAUCAAACAACGCCAUUAUGGUACAAACAUAAAAGACACUUUUUUAUUUUUACCUAUUCAGGAAAGCCUGUUUUUACAAGAUAUGGAAAUGAAGAAAAUCUUACAAGUUUUUAUGGAACUUUACUAGCUAUAAUAUCUAAAAUAGAAUCAUUUACUUUUUCAGAUAUAAAUUCAGACAAUAAAACAAAUAAAAAAUUUAAUGAGACAAAUACAAAAAACUCGUUAAAAUAUAUUAUAAGUAAAAAUACGAAAGUAGUUUAUUUAGACAAAGAAGUGUUAUGCUUAGUAUGUAUUUCUAAAGUUAAUGAGAGUAAUAAUUAUAUUAUGAAUAUUUUAAAUUAUAUGUAUUUUCAAAUUAUAUCUUUAUUAACAAAGAGUAUUGAUAAAUCAUUUCAAAUAAAGCCAUCUUUUGAUAUAAGAUAUUUGUUGGAUGGUGCUGAUCUACUUAUGUGCAAUUUAAUAUCUUCUUGUUCUAAAAAUAUGUAUUCCAUAUUUGAUGGUUUUGAGCCUUUACCCUUAAAACAAGAGCAUCGUAACAAAAUACAUAAUUUGAUUUCAUCUUUCAAAAUUAGUAAUGUGCUACUGUCCUUCUUAAUUAUUAAUGAUAAAGUUAUAGGUAUAUCAAUAUCAAAAUAUACCAUAAAUUCCAUGGAUAUAAUAAUCCUCAUAAAUAUGAUAACAUCAAUGAAGUCAUUUAAAAAUGCGGAAUCAUGGACCCCCAUCUGUUUACCAAUUUAUAACCCAAACUUAUUCUUAUAUGCCUAUAUUAAUUACAUUAAAAAAAAAAUUUGCUGUGUGUACAUAUGUUCAUAUGCGUCUUCUCGAGAUUUUUUUCACCUUUCAAGACAUACCUCUAUGAUUGAAACGAUGUUAUUGAGUUCAGGAUGUUAUGAUGAAAUUGUAAAAGCGUCAAAUAGUUCUCCGUUCGUACUACCUGAAAUUCCUGGAAUAGAUAUUAUUCAUUUAUGCUAUUAUAUUCCAUAUUUAAAACAAUAUUAUAGCUCGAAAAUUAGUCAUGAUAAAAUAAAAAGAAUUUUUAGAGUAUACCAAAAGUGUGAUGACAUAUUAAAAGAUUCUAAAUUACCUGCACAGAUAUACAUAGAAUCCGAGUAUGAAAAAUUCUACUCCAUUAAAACGAAUCUUUAUCACUUGUUUCUAGCAGUUCCUUUCCAUGUUCAAGUUAAUGAUGAAACCAUAAAUGAAAUUUUAAGAGUCAUAGCAACGUAUCAUAAAGAAAUAUUUAUUAAUAACAUAAAGCAAAUCACGUCAUAG